ACUGUAUCUAUUUUUAUAAAAAAUAAGUAAGUAAUAAAUGUUUAUAUACGUUUCGAUAUUAGUUGAAACUGGUGCCAGGAGCGAUAACUCUUAGCCCUCAUUUAUAGUAGAUAUCUACUUUCGUUUUAAAUUCUUUGUAAAGGAAAACUCCCAUCAUGGCGACUGCUGGUGACGAGGAAAGUAGUUUGACUACUGAUUUGUUGCUGUGUUCUAUUUGCUUAGAGCAAUAUAAAUUACCCGUGAGUUUACCGUGCUCCCACUCCUUCUGUCUGACUUGCCUGUCUAAACACAUUAUAACAUCAUGUGUUAAGUGUGACCCACCCCUUGGAUUUCCGUGUCCUCUGUGUCGCAAAUUCAUUCCUGCACCUGGUAAAAUUAACGAACAUUCUGUUGAUCGGUGGGCAAAACUGUUUCCAGAGAACAAACUCCUUGCUUUGAUUGCGACUGGCACAAACUCGAUUUAUUGCAAAUCAUGCCAAGAAGACGACGAAGAAUCGAAAGCAAGUAGCUGGUGCAUGGAUUGCUCCGAGGUGCUGUGUGACGAUUGUGUGAAAUGUCACAAAAAGGUUCGCCUUACCCGAAACCAUGUUGUAGUUGCUAUUACCGAGUGCUCUGCGAGUUUCCAUCAAUCUUUAUCUCUGGAUAAAUGCGAGACACAUGAAGGUCGAAAACUUGAGAUAAUUUGUAAAGAGCAUUUCUUCCCAUGUUGCUCUGUUUGUGUAACUAAAGAACAUGAUGGAUGUAAAACGUUUUGUCAACUAGAGGACGUUGAUGCAAAUACCGUAGGGCCUCACAAUGUUAAGAAUCUGCAAGCUGAGGUGGAAACUAUGUGUUCAAACCUAAAACAAAUUAUUACAGAUGAAAAAACUAAUAUGAGCUGCCUCGAUAAUGCAUCAGAUAAAGUUGCCAAAGAACUGUCGGAAAUAACCACAUCUAUCAUUGCCACUAUUAAGGAGCUAGAGGAAAAACACAUAGAUGAAACUGCAAAAUUAAUCAAAGAAUCGAAAUCGAAACUUGAAAAUUCAGUACAGUCAUCAGAGCAUAGACUAAGCUAUCUUCAGUAUUGGAAGGAAAAGUUAACAAAGAAUGUGUCAAAUGAGACAAAUCUUAAAACAAACGAAAUCUUAUCAUACAUCAAAAUGAAGCAUAUUUACGAAAGCAUGGGAAAAUUAGAUUAUUCAAAGUUGGAAAUCUCCAUUCAAACUGAAGUACUCGACAGUGUUCAGAAGCUAACAAGUUUGUCAUGUCUUGCAAAGACGACCUCACGUGAGAAAAGUAAGCAGUUCGCAAUCAAUCAAAGGAUAGUUGAUUUAAAAUGUGCUGAUGUCGUGAACGUUUCUGAAUUCACAAUUAAAAAAUGCAAUUUGCAUGACGGUGAGUUUUUAAGUCGUGAUAAAUUGUUACUGACAGAUUUCCAAAAUAAAAGAUGCGUGCUGUGUAACACUGAUGGAGUAGUUCUACAGGAAAUAUCUUUACCGGGGAAGCCAUGGGGAAUGUGUAUCCACGGGGAGAAUGAUGUCUUCGUAACACUACCUUUUAGCCAGACAGUCAUAAUACUUGAUGCCAAUUCACUUGAAAUAAAACAAUCAGUGUCUGUCGAUUGUUGUUGCCGAGGAAUAUCAACGUCCUGUAACACUGCAGUGAUUGGUACACGAUACUCUGUUGUAAUGUUUGAUAACUGUCUUGAUAAAAAUAUGUGUAGACCAUUGGCAACAAAGACAGGGUAUACCGAUGAUGUAGCUCUGGAUAGAGAUGAAAAUUUUAUUUUCAGCGAUCAUUCUGGUAAUUUUCUCAAAACUGUAGACAAAAGUGGGAAGAUCUUAUUUCAGUACAGCCACGAAGAAUUAAAGAAGCCGUUUGGAUUAACAGUAGACGGGCAUGGAAAUAUAUUCGUAAACGGAAGUGCAAGUAAUAAUAUCCAUAUAGUGUCAAAUAAAGGGAAGCUUGUAAGAAUCUUAAAAGGAGUGGAGAGCCCUCGGUGUAUAAAGUUCUUACGUGGAACUUACCGAUUUUUUGUUGGUGAGGGAGAUGGUCGCGUAAAAGUUUUUGAACUUCAGAAUAAUUAGAAACCAUCAAUAUUAUGAAAUUUUAU